CUAGAUCCAGUAACUUUCUGCUUCAAAUGGUUUAGCAUCAUAUCUGCAAUUUCAUACAUGGGUAAACAUUAUGGGAGGUAUGAUGACUUUGUCAUUUGCAGUACAUACUUUUAGCUGUAAAAGGAUUAUUUGUGAGGCAUCUCUUAGACUGAGUAGAAAUGCUUGAGGGCAACAUGUACUCGGAUGCAUAUUGUAUUCUGAAUGCUAAUUGAUAUUGGGCAACAGGCAAAAUUUACAAAGUUAUGAUGCUACAUAUUGUCUGCUGUUACAUGAAAAUGAUGUAGGAUUUUGAUUUUGUCAACCUUCAUAAUCCUCUCUUUUUUAUUUUAUUUGCAAAGCAAAAUUAACUGUGUCUUCAAUCAUUGAAUAGAACUAAAUUGUGAUUUGUUAGACACUUAUUGAGAUGUAAAAAGAUAAUUGUUAGGGAUACAAAUCAAGCUGCUAAUUGAUAGCCAACCAUACUAAACAAGGAGUCAGGCUGUUCUCUGGAAAAAGUGUUUUUCCUACUGACUUGAUUUCUAUUUUGUGCUCUGAUGAGCAGGCAGUUAUUUUUAAUGUUUUGCCAUGAUUAUAAAAUUUCUUUCUUUGCAGAAGAAUACACUGAAUAGAAGUUUUGAUAUCAUUAUCUGAUGCAGAUCACUAAUGAAGCAUGCUAUCUCCAGUCCAUCCUUGUAGGAUUAGCUUUGUAGAAUAAUUCUUAUUUCUUACUAAUAAUGCCAAUAGAGUUACACAUCCAGUGAAAGCAAGACCUAAUAAUUUAAUUCAAAUUUCUUGACAGGUUUCUGAUAUACAUUUCCCUAAAAUGUGUGGAAGAUGUUGCUUCCAGUCUUGGUUUUGCUCCUUUGAUUGAGGUGACCAAGAUCAAAGUUGUGGAAAUAGUAUCUCUGUUCUAGAGUUAAGGCGGCAUACAUUGACCCUCCUUGGAUCGUACAUUGUUGGGAGCAAUGUGCACUUGUCACUUUCUUCUACAUUGCAUCUGGUCCUGCUACACCAUUUAAAUUAUUCUGCAUCAUAAUCGCCUCGGUGAAAGUCCUUAAUAUCUUCUACCUAAACCAUGUUCUAGUCUUUGUUUUUAUUGGCUCACGGUAGGAGGCCUUAUCUCAUUACAGAUGCUCCAUUUCAGUCAAAAUUUUAGGACCAUCCAACAUGUCUUUAAGUGUUUGGAUCAUGUAGCCAAUAAAUGACCUAUAGUACUACAAUAGUCUCAGUUAUUUUGCAAUUAUUGUUGACUGGUGGCCUGUAAAUACAAGAAACUUAUUUCUUGUCCAUAUUAAUUUUUUUCUAUUUCUAAAUCUACUCACUUGAUUCUUUGGUUUCCUUUCCGUUCUUCCAUACCAUUUAGUUCCUGUUUCUGCCUCAACUAUAAUAAGUGAAAGCAACCUUAAAUUUUGUAGUGGUAACUGGUAAAAGUGGUUAUUGGAGGUGGUCUUGGUGGGAUUCAACAUGGCCUAGACUAGAGAUGGAGAUGGUGAUAAUGGCCUUGUUUCCAGUGGCAUGAUGAUUCACAAAUUUUGACAAGUUAAGAUGCCUCUUUCCCCUUUUUCACUUCUUUUUCAUCCUCUGAGCACAGUGGCUGAUGGGGUUGGAUACAGGAGCUUGCAGAUACAGUAACAGGGUGUGUUAUGUUGCAGUGUGUUAAAAUGGAGUCAGGAUAGAAACCUUCAGUUUUAUGGUGUGUUUGAAAUGAAAUUUACUGCUCAAGAGAGAAUGGUUGAAGAGGAUGGAAAUGAUGGUCAAUACACAGAAUCAUGUAAUAAACAUCAUCUCAAACCAUGACUUCUCUUGUGGGCUGGAACCUUGGGUUCCCAAUUGUUGCCAUGCUUAUGUUGCCUCAAAAGAGUCUGGUUUUCUGAAUGGAGUUAGGCCAAACUCAGGGGAAAACUAUGCUGUAGUCACACAAAGGAGCGAAUGGUGGCAAGGUUUGGAGCAGGACAUCACUGCAAAAGUCACUUUUGGUGCAAUACAUGAUGUCUCAGCAUAUAUUGGAGUAUAUGGGGUUCUUCAUGAACCGGCUGAAGUCAAAGCAACACUGAAGUUCGAGAAUUCAGAUUCUUCUACUGGCUACCUGUCUAUUGGGAGUGCCUUCGUUUCUAAAGGAUGCUGGCAGAAGUUGGAAGGUUCCUUUUCACUGACUAGCAUGCCAAGACGAGUUGUAUUUUAUUUGGAAGGGCCUAAUCCUGGCAUGGAUCUGCUUAUAGAUUCUGUCACUAUAUCUUGUGAGGAUACGGAGGUUUGUCGUGCUACCAGUGUGGAUGAGAAUAUAGUACGAAAUCCUCAGUUUGAAGAUGGAUUAAGUGAUUGGUCUGGAAGAGGAUGCAAGAUUCUCUUGCACAAUUCUCUUGUGAAUGGGAAAAUACUUCCAGUCAAGGGAAGGUAUUUUGUUUCAGCAACUGAAAGGAAUCAAACCUGGAAUGGGAUUGAACAAGAAAUAACAGGCAGGGUAAGCAGGAAGCUUGCAUAUGAAGUUACUGCUGUAGUUCGGACAUUCGGGAAUGCCAAUAAUGCUGAUGUUCGAGCAACAUUGUGGGCUCAAUCACCAAAUGGUCGGGAACAAUAUAUCGGCAUCGCCAAAAUUCAGGCAUCAGACAAGGAAUGGGUGAAGUUGCAGGGGAAAUUCCUCCUAAAUGGUGUUGCUUCAAGAGCCAUUAUAUUUAUAGAAGGGCCACCACCGGGUACUGAUAUCCUUGUUGAUAGUUUCGUAGUAAGACGGGCAAUGAAAGCUGCAGCUUCAGUUCCACCAAGUGAUGAGGGUUUCAGAGACAAUAUUGAUUCAAGGAAGGUUGUCAGUACCAAUAUUAUAUCAAAUCAUGAUUUUUCCAGAGGACUGCAGUCUUGGUCCCUUAAUCUUUGUGAUGGGUUUGUUGUAUCAGGGGAAUUUGGUCCUUUAAAGGGAGUCACUGCAAAAACUGGAUCAAAUUAUGCAGUCCUAACAAAUCGAUCUGAGAGCUGGCAUGCUUUGGAACAGGACAUAACAAAUAAAGUUUCAACUGGUUUAACCUACAAUGUCUCUGUCAUUGUUCGAGUUUCGGGAUCUCAUCAGGAACCUUCUGCAGUCAAAGCAACACUUAAGCUGGAGCACCUGGACUCCCAACUGAGUUAUAUAUCUGUUGGAAGGGCUAUGGUGUCGAAAGAAAGAUGGGAAAUGUUAGAAGGCUCAUUUUCAUUGACUAGCAUGCCAAAAUGUGUGAUUUUUUAUCUGGAAGGACCUUCUGCAGGUGUUGACUUGCUGAUUGAUUCUGUUGUAGUUUCUUGCUCUGAUGUGGAACAUUGUGAGGAUGUUUCACAUGGAGCUAACAUAAUCAGAAAUAGCUCUUUCACUGAUGGCCUUAAUUGGUGGAAUCCUCUUGGCUCAUGUAAGCUGAGCAUAGGCACAGUUCCAGAGGAGUUCUUUCCCUUAGCAAAGGAUUCUGUCAAUCACAAUCAACCAAUAAGCAGCCAUUUUAUCCUCACUACAAAUCGCACAGAAACCUGGAUGGGCCCCUCCCAGAUAAUAACAGACAGGAUUAAGUUACACGUAACCUACCAAGUUGCUACUUGGGUACGUUUAGGUUCAGGAGCAACUAGUCCUCGUCAUGUCAACGUAGCACUUGGUGUAGACAACCAGUGGAUCAAUGGGGGGCAAGUUGAAGCUAACUCUGACAGAUGGAACAAAAUUAGAGGAUCAUUCAGAAUUGAAAAAAGACCAUCUAAAGUUAUAGUUUAUGUGCAAGGUCCUCCACCAGGUGUCGAUUUGAUGCUGUCAGAACUGCAGAUAUUUCCUGUAAAUAGGAAGGCACGAUAUAAAGUUCUCAAGGAAAAAGCUGAUAAGAUACGAAAGCGUGAUGUCAUCCUUAAAUUUUCAGGUUCUGAGAAUGAAGGUCUUGUCGGUGCAUCUCUGAAGAUUAAACAAAUUGACAACUGCUUUGCUUUUGGGGCUUGUAUCAACAGAUCAAACAUUGAAAAUGAGGACUUUGUUGAUUUCUUUUUGAAAAAUUUCAAUUGGGCUGUCUUUGGGAAUGAGCUGAAGUGGUACCAUACAGAGUCACAACAAGGAAAAUUCAAUUACAAAGAUGCAGAUGAGUUAUUAGAUUUCUGUCACAAACAUGGUAAGCAGACAAGAGGCCACUGCAUCUUCUGGGAAGUAGAAGAUGCCAUCCAGCCAUGGGUGCAAUCGUUGGACUCUAAUGAUCUAAUGAUAGCUGUCCAGAACCGUAUCAGAGGGUUACUAUCUAGGUACAGAGGCAAGUUUAGGCACUAUGAUGUGAACAAUGAGAUGCUCCAUGGAUCUUUCUAUCAAGAUAGGCUGGGAAAAGAUAUCUGGGCAUACAUGUUUCAAGAAGCCCAUCAAUUGGAUCCUUCUGCCAUUCUGUUUGUCAAUGAUUAUAAUGUAGAAGAUGGAUGUGAUUCUAAGUCCACUCCAGAAAAGUACAUUCAGCAAAUCCUUGAUUUACAGGAGCGAGGUGCACCUAUAGGAGGGAUUGGUAUACAAGGUCAUAUCAGCCAUCCGGUUGGAGAAAUUAUAUGUGAUGCACUGGACAAGUUGGCGAUACUCGGUCUCCCUAUUUGGUUCACCGAAUUGGAUGUCUCUGCAGAAAACGAAUAUAUUCGAGCUGACGACUUGGAGGUUAUUCUUCGAGAAGCCUUCGCGCAUCCUGCUGUCGAAGGCGUCUUGCUCUGGGGAUUCUGGGAAUUGUUCACAUGCAGGGAUCAUUCCCAUUUGGUGGAUGCUGAAGGCAACAUAAAUGAAGCUGGUAAAAGGUACCUUGCUCUGAGGCAAGAGUGGCUAUCUCAUGCUGAUGGCAACAUCGAUACGCAGGGUGAAUUUAGAUUCAGUGGAUAUCAUGGUACAUACACUGUGGACAUUGCUACUGCUUCCAAAAGUAUAUCAAGGUCAUUUAUCGUUGAUAAGGGAGAUUCUCCUCUUGUUUUGACCAUAGAUAAGUAAGUUGUACAUCAUCACUUUUGAUGCUCAAAGAUGCAUUAUUUCAGGAACUUGUAAAAGAGUGGUUAUUCAUAGAUGUCAGUGGGAUUUGUUUGUAUGUUGGUGAGCAAAUGAAGGCUUGUUGGUUUGUUGAAAAAUAAGACGAGACCCGCAGAAAAAUGAUGCAAGAUUCUGUCUUGCCUUGACAUUUACAUUCAUGAUACAUGUAUUUAUAUAUUCUUCACCAUCAUUAUAACUUUGGUUUGUUUCA